AUGUUAGAUGUUUGUCGAUUUCAGGAAUGCUACGAUAUUACAUCCAGAUUAAUGCAAUCAGAUCCAUUUAAUCUUGCAUGUUUGCCAAUUCAUAUUUCUGUUUUAAAAGAAUUAGAAAAAGCAAAUGAGUUAUUCAAAGUAUCUCAUAAACUUAUGGAUGUUUAUCCGUCAAGUGCACUUGCCUGGUUUGCGGUGGGUUGUUAUUAUCUGUGCAUUAAGAAGAAUGAACUUGCAAGACGACAUCUUGUGAAGGCUUCACAAUUAGAUAGAAGAUAUGGUCCUAUAUGGCUUACACUUGGGCAUGCAUUUGCUGCUGAUGGUGAACAUGAUCAAGCUAUUGCUUCCUAUUGUACAGCUGCUCAAGUUAUUCGAGGUUCGCAUAUUCCUAUUAUGUAUAUUGGUAUUGAAUACAGUGCUAGCAAUAAUCGCAAUCUAGCUGAACGAUUUCUUAAUCAAGCCUAUUUAAUUAGUCCAAGUGAUCCUUUUGUUUUACAUGAACUGGGCACAUUGGCUUUUGAAUCACAAAAAUAUGUAGACGCUACAAGAUUCCUAGUUCGAGCUUAUGAAAAGGCUUGUGAAUUAAGUGGACAAGUUCCUUCGCCUUUCUGGGAGCCUCUUGUUAAUAAUUUAGCACAUUCUUAUAGGAAAAUGGGACUUUACAGCCAAGCAAUAGCUAUGCAUGAACUUGCACUUCGCUUAGUGCCUGAGUCUCCAACAACACUUGCGUGCUUGGCAAUGUUGCAUGCAAUCAAUGGUAACCUUGAAGUUGCAGUAGACUAUCUUCACCGGUCUGUUGGGGUCCAACCAUCGAGCUGUGGGUCUACUUCUAGCAAUGUGGCUUCUACAAUGCUGAAUGUAUGUAUUGAAGCGUUAACGGGGAAAGGAAUUUAUGCUUCGAAUCAUAAAGUUGGAAAAGAUAUUCCAGAUACUCUUCCUGAAAACCUUAUGACUGCUGCUGGACCAGGAAGUCUCCCAGGAUCCAACCGGAUUCGUUUUAAAAUGGCACCAAGUGAGACUUUAAAGCCUAACAAAUCGGUGCUUCAGUUGGAUGUUAAUUAUAGAGAAAAAUCUGCUAACGCUCCUAACAUAUCGCUGCACACAAGCGAUGAAGAUGUGUCUAUGGACCUUGGUUAA